AAGUUGUUUCUGGGUGGGUGUGGGUGUGUGUCCCUCCCCGCCCUGCUCUGGCCGCUAGCUGCGGGCAAGGAGCGCAGCGAUCGCGAUUCCCGCACUCGCGGCUCCUUUCGAAACCUCCCCCGCGGUGCUGGGCGGGGCCGUGUCGGCGGUGCUGGGCGGGGCCGUGUCGGCGGUGCUGGGCGGGGCCAUGUCGGCGGUGCUGGGCGCCGCCUGGGCCCUGCUGUCCGCCGCCUUCCUGUCGGCGCUGCUGCUGCUGCGAUGCGCUCCGGAGCGGCCGCCCGGCGGCGGCUUUGGCGUCGUCUUCGGCAUCUUCCAGGAUCUCAUCCGCUACGGGAAGACGAAGCGCGGCUGCGGGCAGCGCCCGGCCUGGCUGCGCCUCCUCCAGGUGCCCAAGAGGUGGUUUACUCACUUUUAUGUGGUUUCUGUGCUCUGGAACGGCUUUCUGCUGAUCUGGCUUUUCCGAGCUGAGUUCCUUGGAGAGUCGCUCCCAUCAUGGAUUCAGCCCAUGCACCGUGCUCUUGGCAGAGAUUCUCGCAGCGAGGGCACAGAUAGUGAGAGCUUUUCUGCACUCCUGGUUCUCCUGCUGCUUUGGCUGCAUAGCUGUCGAAGACUUGCAGAAUGCCUCUGGACCAGUGUGUUUUCCAGUGGCGUCAUCCAUGUCGUGCAGUACUGCUUUGGAAUUGUUUACUACAUUGCUGUCGGCUCAACGGUGCUGUGUCAAGUGCCUGCUAACGUCAGGAAUGGAAAAGAGCUUUCUGUGCAGAUCUCCUGGUAUCACGUCGUAGGAGUUGUGAUGUACAUUUGGGCCUCUCUUCACCAACACAGAUGUCUUGUGAUUCUAGCUAAUCUUAGAAGAAGUAAAUCGGGAAAGGUCGUAAGUCUGAGCCACAGUGUACCAUUUGGAGACUGGUUUGAGAGGGUUUCUUGCCCUCAUUAUUUUGCAGAACUCCUGAUAUAUGUAUCUAUGGCCAUCACACUUGGAUUUCACAACGUGACGUGGUGGUGCGUAGUCAUGUAUGUUCUUUUUAACCAGGCACUGGCUGCUGUUUUGUGUCAUGAGUUCUAUCAGAAAAACUUCAGCUCCUACCCAAAGCAUCGAAAAGCAUUAAUACCAUUUAUUUUUUAGAGUAUUUCUUCUGAAGUAUGUUUAAUGCAAACUGGGAAAUGUGUUCUAUAAGGGAAUAAGAGAUUUACAUUUCACUAAAGCCAAGGUAAAAUUGCACAUUUUAUCUAAUUCCAGCUUAAAAGUUCAUCGUUUUAAUGAUGGUCUCAUUCAUGUUACCAAUUUAUAUGGGGAAAUGCAAGGUCUGUGCUUAUUGUACAAGCUAAAAAAAAAGGAUUGUUGAGGAUCUUAAAGUGAAGAUGUGCUAAUUGGCUCUUUUCUGUUUUAUAAUUGUAUCUUAUGCAUAAAAUGCUCGCUGUUGUGCAGCCAGCCAAAAUACAUAUACAUGAAAACUCCAUAUUGAAAAGAGGGUGCAGAGAAUCAUUUGAGCUACUGUAUUUCAUGCCUCAUUUAAUAUUUAAGUGUAUUUUUUUUCCUAGUCUCUUUUCUUUGCAUCACUUCUGAGGGAGGCAAAUUGUGUAUUGUCUUUCUGUGCUUCCCUGUUGAUAAUUAAAACCAGCAACUGCUUUAUGACUGCAAGCGCAAAAACCAGUGGGGAAAGCUGCAGUGGAGGAAUGACUCAUGCUCAGCAACGGAGAUAAACAGACCUGUUCUCUGCAUUAUCUGUUCUGCACCAAAGUCAGUAUUCAUUGAUGAAAACUCCUUGUUUAUCCCUAAAUUGGGAAAAUCGGGGAAGGUUCUCUGUUUAGAGACACAAUAGAAGAGAACUUGCAGAAAAUUCACAGUAUCACAGUAUGUUUGGGAUUGGAAGGGACCUCAAAAGAUCAUCUAGUCCAAUCCCCCUGCUGGAGCAGGAACACCUAAGUGAGGUCGCACAGGAACAUGUCCAGGAGGGUUUUGAAUGUCUCCAGAGAAGGAGACUCCACAACCUCCCUGGGCAGCCUGUUCCAGUGUUCUGUCACCCUCACUGAGAAGAAGAUUUUUCUCAAAUUUAAGCGGAACCUCUUGUGUUCCAGCUUGAUCCCAUUGCCCCUUGUCCUAUCAUUGUUUGCCACCGAGAAGAGCCUGGCUCCAUCCUCGUGGCACUCACCCUUUAUAUAUAAACAUUAAUGAGGUCCCCCCUCAGUUUCCUCUUCUCCAAGCUAAAGAGACCCAGCUCCCUCAGCCUUUCUUCAUAAGGGAGAUGCUCCACUCCCUUAAUCAUCUUCGUUGCCAUGCACUGGACCCUCUCCAGCAGUUCCCUGUCCUUCUGGAACUGAGGGGCCCAGAACUGGACACAAUAUUCCAGAUGUGGUCUCACCAGGGCUGAGGGUAGAACCGACCUCUGCAUCUCUUCCUCACAGAAGCAGAUGGAAGCAGGCUUUGUUGCAACUCAGAACCUGCCAGCUUUCCUCAGUGUUUAAGAUUAGUUUCUUCACAUUAAAACUUCUAAAAUAGGGUUUUUGGUUAGGGGGUUCUAGUGCCCGGUGAGCGCACAGAGGGAUGAUAAAAUCUUCUCAGUUACAGUUCUGCCAUCCUUGUUGCAGGUUUUUGGAGUCCCUCGUGUCAGAGGGGACAUUUCUGCAGGGUGACUGACCGUGGCCAUGCUGGUUUUUGAACAGCCUUUGAGAGCAGAUGCAAUGAGCUGCCAAGGCAGCGGACACACGCAAACCCGUCCCCCGCGAGUGUUCCAGACGUCCUUUACCGGGGGAUGAUGUCACUCAGCACAGAGGGCUUUUUGCACUUAACCAUUGAGUAUUUUGGUCCUUCUCAUGAUACACGGGUGAAUGAUCAAUUUGUGUGAUGUAGUGUAUGGACGCUGGUGUUUCAGCGUGUUUUCUACUUACAUGUGUAUAUUACUUUGUAUACGAGAAGAAUUUUUUUAUGAUUUAUCCAAUUAAAAUUUAUUAUUUCUCUAAUUAAA